ACGAGAAAAACUUUUAAGAAAUCAUUAUUUUUAAGUAGAGAAGGUCAUAUUUGUUAACAUCAGGUACUUUAUAAGUAUUUUUACAAUGGAUAACCUCCCAGUAUCGGCAUUUGCUAUGUAUAGCGCCAAUAAAAAGAAAACUAAAAAUAAUAAAAAGAAAAAUAAAGCAAAUAUGAAAUCGUUGUCGCCCAAAGUGUUAGUCAAAAAUUUGAAAGACGAUGUUUUAAAAGAAAUGGGUGCAAAACUGAACAAGAAACAAAAACAUACCAAGGAACCGAAAAAUAUAACUAAGAAAAAAUUACACAAGAAAAAAAAAUCGAAGCGAAACAAGCUAGCUAGUCCUAAGAAAGUUGCGAGCGAUACCGAGGAUGACGACUACGAGGAUAUACCACGUCUAGUGCCAGCACCUGCUGCCGCGCUGUCCGAUGACGGCGACGACAGCGUCAGCAGCUGCUCUCACUCCAGCGGGGGCAUAGAGUUCACUCCCGUCAUGACAGACAGCUGCGAAGAAGGCCUGAAAGUAUUCAAGUGGAUGGUUGCGCCUUUCGACCCAGAUGAGUUCCUAACUGAGGUAUGGGAGAAGAAGCCCCUACACAUCGCCAGAAAAAAGUCAAACUACUACAAAGAUAUUAUAUCCACUCCAGACAUAGAUAAUAUGUUAAGGACUGAGAACAUUCAAUUCACAAAAAACAUUGACAUAACGUCGUAUAAGGAUGAACAAAGGGAAACGCAUAACCCGGAAGGAAGGGCACAUCCACACUUAGUCUGGGACUACUACUUGAAUGGAUGUAGCGUGAGGUUACUAAACCCUCAGACGUAUAUUCCUAAACUUCAUCUCCUUAAUGCUACACUGCAGGAGUUCUUUCAUUCGUUCGUUGGUGCCAACGCCUAUUUAACCCCACCUGACAGUCAAGGUUUUGCACCUCAUUACGAUGAUAUUGAAGCCUUCAUAUUACAGGCGGAAGGUAAAAAGAAGUGGCGUAUUUAUAAACCUAGAGAUGACAGCGAGAUCUUGCCCCGAGAGUCCUCCAAAAACUUUAGUCAAGAAGAAAUUGGUGAACCUAUAAUGGAGAUAGUUCUGGAAGCUGGUGAUUUACUUUACUUCCCCAGGGGCUACAUUCAUCAGGGUGUCACAAUAGACGGUGAACAUUCUCUUCAUGUUACAGUUAGCAUGUAUCAGAAACAGUCAUGGGCAGAUUUGUUUGAGAAGAUGCUACCGGCUGCGCUGCAAAUAGCCAUCAAUGAAAACAUUGACUUUAGAAAAGGUUUACCCUUAGAUUUAAGUGUACAUUUUGGUCUUAUACAUUCAGAUGUGAACACACCACGCAAAUUUGAGAUAACAGACAUUGUACACAAAUUGUUUGACAAGAUCAAGAGUUGUUUACCAAUCGAUGAGGCUGCUGACCAAGUUUGCAAGAAGUUCCAACAGGAUGCCCUCCCUCCAGUGCUGAGUGACUUGGAGAAGGCGGUAACAGUUUAUGGAGACACUGAUGUUAUGGUAGAAAACGGACAAGUAAUUAACAGAGUUGAACUGUCCCUAGAUACAAACAUCAGGCUGCUACGUAAGAACAUAAUUCGUAUGGUAUCAGAAGACCAAAUACGGAUUUACUAUCAUGCUGAAAACUCACUCGAAUAUCAUGGCAGUGAGCUGCCAUUCUUAGAGAUUUCUGAAGAUUUGGCUCCCGCUAUAGAGACUUUGAUAACGACAUAUCCAAAUUAUGUUUCAAUUGAGAAUUUGGAUAUUGCAGAAGACACGGACAAACUAACCAUUGCAGAUGCCUUGUGGAGCAGAGGCCUGAUAAUGACAGAAUAUCCCCUGUUUAAUAUUGAUGAUGAUUAAACUUUUUUUGUAUUAUA